AUGAAACACAGUCAUCUCAAUCUUUACACGAAGAUGGUUUCGGUGGAGGAUCCGUUAUCUCAUUCGAAUUCCACCCGCUUCCCGUUAACAACAGACUUCUACGGCUCAUCGUCGCCGUCGGCGGCGAGGAUACACCGUCAAGCUGGCCGGUCGAUGAGGACGGUGAGAUCUAACUUCUACCAAAGCGGCGAUCAAUCUUGCUCAUUCGUCGGUUCCGUCGGCGAUAAAUCGGGGUAUGCGUCGGAGUACCUGUCGGAUUCAGUCAUCGACAUGAGGCUCGGCGAGCUCGCUUUGAAAAACAGUAAUUCACUCAAUUCAAACGCUUCCUCAGUGAAAGAUGAAGCGUUUCUCGACAUUUCUCAGGCGUUUAGCGAUUUCUCCGCGUGUAGUAGCGAUAUCUCCGGCGAGCUACAUCGUCUCGCUUGCUUGCCGUCGCCGGAUGUCGAGAGAAAGGAGAACGUCGGAGAUUACGAAGCGCAGGAUCCAGAACUGGAGAGGGAGCCGUGUCUAGGGUUUCUACAGAGGGAAAACUUCUCCACGGAGAUUAUCGAGUGUAUUUCGCCCGAAGAUCUACAGCCAACGGUGAAACUCUGCAUCGACGGACUUCGCUCUUCUUCUGUGGCCAUAAAGCGAUCAGCAGCGGCGAAGCUGCGUCUCCUGGCGAAGAAUCGGGCGGAUAACCGUGUGCUGAUUGGGGAAUCUGGAGCCAUUCAAGCUCUGAUCCCACUUCUUCGUUGCAACGAUCCGUGGACACAGGAGCACGCCGUCACGGCUCUACUGAAUCUCUCUCUGCACGACCAGAACAAAGCCGUAAUCGCCGCAGGAGGAGCAAUCAAAUCCCUAGUGUGGGUUCUCAAAACGGGGACGGAGACUUCAAAGCAGAACGCUGCAUGCGCGUUGCUCAGCCUGGCGCUCGUGGAGGAGAACAAAAACUCAAUCGGAGCCUGCGGCGCGAUUCCGCCGCUGGUUUCUCUUCUGUUGAACGGAUCCUGCAGGGGCAAAAAGGACGCGCUCACUACGCUCUACAAGCUCUGCACGCUUCAGCAAAACAAGGAGAGAGCGGUAACCGCCGGAGCGGUGAAGCCGCUGGUGGAUCUCGUGGCGGAGGAAGGCACUGGAAUGGCGGAGAAGGCCAUGGUGGUUCUGAGCAGCCUAGCUGCGAUCGAGGAAGGCAGAGAGGCCAUUGUCGAGGAAGGAGGGAUCGCAGCACUCGUGGAGGCCAUCGAGGACGGAUCGGUGAAAGGGAAAGAAUUUGCGGUCUUGACACUGUUGCAGCUCUGCGCUGAUAGCGUCAGGAACCGUGGGUUGCUUGUGAGGGAAGGCGCGAUUCCUCCGCUUGUGGGUCUUUCUCAGAGCGGCAGCGUCAGCGUUAGAGCUAAACGCAAGGCAGAAAGACUUCUGGGGUAUCUACGGGAGCCAAGGAAUGAAGGAUGUUCAUCAAGCCCUUGA